CCAAUCAAUGCAGUCGUGUCUUGAAGCCCCACUGGCCUUGCAAACUAAUAUAUAAUGAUGUGGUGUUUGUGUCUUGCUCAGUUGGUUUGAGGAAGAGCGAUAACCUAGAUGGGAAAAAUGUCGUCCCCAAUAAAAUAUUCAUCAACAGGGCAAACAGUUACAUCCGAGAAAACUGUAACUGAAACGACUACGAGGCAAUCGCAUAGUCCUUCAAAAUUGAACAGAUCUUUCUUAAACUCAUCUCAAACAACGGUGACGGAUGAUGACCUGGGAUACAGCUCCUACGUCCCGUCGAUGUCUCCCCGGAAGAUUGUAAUAAACCGCGCCCGGUCAAGAUCCGUGGGAUCCCUCGAGCACCUUAACUUCGAAGACGAGACUUCAAAGGACGUCGGUCUUAACUACGUUGAAAUUAACAUCGAUGAGGUUAAAACCACGAGAAACCAUGAGAAGAAGGAAAUGCAAGAGUUGAACUCGCGACUUGCGAGCUUUAUUGAUAAAAUAGCUUUCCUGGAAGCUAAGAAUAAAAUUCUGAGUGAUCGGAUUGAUAUCGACCUAAAGCAGUUUAAGGAAGAUUGGAGCACGAAUGCGGUAAUUCAGAAAAUCGAGGCAGAACUCAAACAGGCUCGGAAACUCCACGACGACGUCAACAAUGAAAAUGGAAGUUUGAAGAUAGCAAUAAGGAGUCUUGAGGAACGAAACGAUAAACUUCAAGAAGAGAAUGGCAAAUUGGAGACUGCUUACCAAAACUCAAAACAAGCCAUUGAUCGGCAGAUGCAGGUUGUAAGCGACUUUGAGGCCGAGAACAAUCUUCUCCGCAGGAAAGCGAAUACGAAAGAUGCUGAGAGCAAGAAAGACAAGGCUGAAAUAAAACGUCUCCGCGACGAGCUGAAACAAAGGGGAGAUACCCUCAACAGAGAGAACCUCAACCUGGUUAAGUCAGAGAAUAAACGCCACACAGUUGAGGAAGAGUUCGAGUAUUUCAAACAUCUUCACGGACAACGACUCAACGACUUGGACGAUAUUCUAUCAAGGGACCGCCAAAAGGAAGAGGAUAUAUGGACCAAGAAGAUGGAACAAGGCCUCAAGAAGAUUCAGGAUUCCUACGAUGAACAGCUUGAAGUCACCAAGGCAGCAUAUGGUUUAAAGAGCAACCAGUUAGAAAAUGACGUCAAUCAGUACAAACGACGCGUUAUUGAGACAGAAUCACAAAAGGAUCAACCAAACCAGGAGAUAGCGCGAUUAAGAGAGGAGAUCAGAGCAAUGAAGGUGAAGUUUGACGAGACCAAGGAUGUCAAUCUCUCAAUGAGGGUUGAAAUUGCGGCGUAUAGAAAGCUGCUGGAGGGGGCGCAUGACUCAGUUGGUUUAAAGCAGGCAAUCGAGGCAUUACUUCGGCAGUACAGCAUGAAGCAGGAAACCCAAGAGAAAACUGACAUCACAACGCAUCGCGUUAUCACAGGAGAGAUGCAGGCUAAAAUCAAAUACCAGAAGGAAGCCAAGGGUCCCGUCGGAAUCUGCGAUUGUUCCGAAGAUGCCACCUAUAUCGUGUUAGAAAAUACACAGAGCAAGGACGAAGACUUAACUGGUUGGAAAAUAAAGCGUUUGCUUGAGGAUACUGGCGACAAAGUUGAUUUUACAUUUCCAAAUGGAGCAAAGGUCAAAGGAAAUAGCAAAGUCAAGGUAUGGGCACGUGGCUACAAGCCUCUUGGCAAAUCAGACGACUUCGAAUUGCCCUAUCAGCAGACUUGGGGACAAGGGUCCAGCGUGACUACAUACCUGCAAAAUCCAAGUAUAGAAGAGAAGUCGACCCAUGUGAAACGAUCAGUGUACAAUACAGCAUAAGGAUAAACAUUCUUACAUGAACUGCUGGUCUCGGAAAUUAUGGUCAUUAGAAAUAACUAUCCCCAUGGUUAUGUCAUGUUGUCCUUGCAUUGACUUUAUUCUGUAUUAUAAGCAAACAAAUAUUAUAUUUAUUCUGAAUUACAAUAUAACAAUCAGUUGAAGGAACCAUUAAUUUUCUGUUUAGCGGGGUUUGCCUUUUAAAAAAUGAUCAGGUUCGACCACAAGAGUUUGGGGUGACAAGUAAUUAUAUGAAGCACCGCAAAACAGAUAUUUGAUUUGUCAAGGCAAAAAGCUCGCAAUUUAUAUCAGCCAUUGAACCCCAUACAUUUAAGGAAUCUAUGACAGAGUAUAUUUACUGUACAUUUUAGGUCAUUAAAUAGGUGGAAACCAGACCAUAUCCAGCAUAUACUUCUAUCAUCGCACCGGAAUUAUGCUUCAGUGAAUUACUUUUAUAUAUGCCCAAAUUAAACAAUCAAUUAGACUUAAGAAGCAAUUACAAAUGGAAAUAAAUAAAUUGAAAUUAUCGAUCAGAUCACUCGUAAAGUGUGACACUACGUGGCGCUGAUCAAGAAUGAAAUGAUUCGGAUUGUUGUAACCAAGUGAUCACCACUGUGAAUACUAACGGAGGUAGAAGUAGCGAAGGAUAAAAAGCACUAGGAACAUGUUAUUCUUCAACAUCGUGUAUUUUGAGUCCUUCUUAAAUAUGGCAUUUAUUCAUUUUAUCGUCAUCCCGUGUGUCAACAAAAUCCUAAUCAACAAUGUUUUAUUUUACAUCUACGUAUUGUAUAUUAACAUCUUAAAACGUGUAUUUUAUGAUUAAUCACAUAUAUGCAUUGCGAUAACCUGUUAUAAUUAAUUAAUAUACUUAUGCAUGUGAAUUUUCACUUACUGAUAUUGCACCUUUAAAAAGAAUGAUAUUACAUCACAAAUAAAUAUUUUCCAGCAACAAAUA